CGCACUCAUUUAAUUUCGUCCGCAACACACUGUUAAUAAGACAGGACAGAAUGUGUUUACCUGCGCUCAGCCGUACGAGUUAUACAUGUCAUCGACUUAAGAUGAGACAGACGGGAUCCAAUGCGAAUUAAUGUAUUUAUGCAUUUAUUGUUAUUAAACAUAUUAUAUAAUGGCGACGGAGUGCACGCAAGAAUCCGUUCUGGACUUUCUCAUAGAAAAUGGGGGGCGUGUGAAAAACAAGGACUUGAUAGAGCAUUUUAAAGUCUUCCUGAGCGGUGGAAAUACCGAGAGAACGCUCUUAAAAGAGAGAUUUAAGCGUUUUGUUGAUAAUAUCGCCUAUGUGAAACAAGAGAAUGGACAGAAAGUGGUGUGCUUGAAGAAGAAAUACAGAUACCCAGAGAUGCGGACGCGAGAAGAUGAUGGAGAUGAAGGCAUUUACAGAGGAAUGCAUGCCUUACAAUUCGAAGAAAAUGGCAAUGUUAAUGAGGAAAUCAAUGGAAAGCACAAUAAUCAGAAGUCUAAGGUAAUGGAUGUCAAAUUGGAUGCUGUAAGUGAUGACAAAACCAUUGCAUCUGAAUGCAUUUCAGACAUUGCAUUGAUUGAGAAGAGCGAUUCUUCAAGUUCUCACCGCAGUCUUUCAGAUGUCUCAAAUAUAACGGGCGAAAUGGCACAAGAGAAUGGAAAUGACAUCAAGUCUAUUGUUCUGGAGCUCUCUAAUAGCCAGUCAACUGGAAAACUGGAAUCUAGGGCAGAGGAACUGGAACCCAUCAAAGCUACCCAGGUUGUGAUUCGACGAAGAACAUCGAGAGGAUCUCAGCGCAGUUUGUUUACCUCCUCUGAGGAAGAACCUCAUGAUGGACCGUGUGAUGGCACAGAUGGCAGCACCCCAAAAGGCAGCCGCAAGAACUUCCUGGAGCUCAUGAUGAGCAGGUCUCCACAGGUGAGGCACUCACUGGUCCACCGCAUAUCCUCCAGAAACAGUGACUUCAUGAUGUCCUCGAUGGAUGAGGACUGUGGCUUGGUAACAUUAGACCCUUUGGAGCACGAAUGGAUGAUGUGUACAGCAGAUGGUGAAUGGGACAGUCUCCAACGGCUGCUCAUGUGUGAACCCACUCUUAUCUCCAAGAAGGACUUUGUCACUGGUUUCACAUGUCUGCACUGGGCGGCCAAGCAAGGCCAACAUGAGCUUUUUGCCAUGCUGGUGAGCUUCGCCAGACAGCACAACGUUGCUAUCAACAUAAACGCCCGCUCCAGCGCCGGCUAUACCCCGCUGCACCUGGCGGCCAUGCACAACCACAUUGAAGUCAUGAAGCUUCUGGUGGGAGCGUAUGAUGCUGAUGUGGACAUCAGGGAUUAUAGUGGGAAGAAAGCAUCUCAGUACCUCCAAGCCAACGUCACGGGGGACAUCAAAGACAUCAUUGGGGCUUGUGGGAGCUCGGAUACGGAGAAUGCACCUGAAGCUGGGCGAUGGAGGCUUCCUAAAGUCCUGCCAUCCAAUCUAAACCCUCUGCGCUUAUUAAACCACCCUGAGGAGGUCGCAGGUGACGGUCAGGUCAAGCCCAGGGCACUGUAUCGGAAGUCGUCCAUCGGCCGCAUCAGACUGCAGAGGAACAGGUUCAAGACGCAGAUUGUCCACAGCACUUCAUUCAGAGAGAAUGAGGAAGGAGACGAUUCACUCAAGAGCCCCGUCAAAUCAAGACCCAUGUCAAACCUCUUCGGAUGAAACUUCUGAAGUCUUGAGUUUAUCUGAGAAAUAUUCUGAAAUACAGUGACAGUUUGGCAUUUAAAGGAAUUUUCAAAGUUAAGCGCAAUCGACAGCAUUUGUGACAUAAUAUUAAUUAGAACAAAAAUCAAUAUUAUUAUAUAUAAAAAUCAUCCCUCCUUUUCUUUAAUAAAAGCACAAAUGUGUGUUCCAGUGAGACACUUACAAUGGAAGUCAAUGGGGUCAAUCUGUAAACAUUAAAAUACUCACUGUUUCAAAAGAAUAGACACAAGACAUAAACAUCCUAAAAUCACUUAUUUUACAACUUUAUUGCCAUGAUGACAUAACACUGUAAACCUUAAAAACGAUCGUAAAAGCAACAAUUUAAACAACUUAACAGUUAAAAUAAUACAUAGAAGAAUAAAUGUACAGUAAGUGUCUUUAUGAAAUUAUAAGCUUCACAUUUCUGUCUUUAAACUCUCCAAAAAUGGACCCCAUUGACUUCCAUUGUAAGUGUCUCACUGGAACACAGAUUUCUGCUUUUAUUAAAGAAAAGGAGAGAUGGGGGGUCUGGGUAUCUCAGCGAGAAUUGACGCUGACUAUCACACCUGGAGUCGUGAGUUUGAAUCCAGGGUGUGCUGAGUGACUCCAGCCAGGUCUCCUAAGCAACCAAAUUGGCCCGGUUGCUAGGGAGGGUAGAGUCACAUGGGGUAACCUCCUCGUGGUCGUGAUUAGUGGUUCUCACUCUCUAUGGGGCGUGUGGUAAGUUGUGUGCGGAUCGUGGAGAGUAGCAUGAGCCUCCACAUGCUGUGAGUCUCCGCGGUGUCAUGCACAACGAGUCACGUGAUAAGAUGCGCGGAUUGACGCUCUCAGAAGUGAAGACAACUGAGACUUGUCCUCCACCACCCGGAUUGAGGUGAGUAACCGCGCCACCAUGAGAACCUACUAAGUAGUGGGAAUUGGGCAUUCCAAAAUUGGGAGAAAAGGUGAGACGAAUCGAAUUAAAUGUUUGUGGUAAUCGAUAUUAAGCCACAAAUGCUGUCGACUGAGUUUAACUUAUAUUGAACCCAGAACAUUCCUUUAAGGGUUAGUUCACUUUUUAUUAUCAAUGACAUGACACUAUUUGUUUUUCAGAAUCUAUUAAGUUUUUCGAAAAUAUAUUAAAAGUGCAAUUCACACAAAACCACUACAGUAACUGAGUAUGCCACCAAUGGAAACCUGUUUCCACUACAAAAAAUAAAUACAAAUAAUAAUAAUAAUAAUAAAAAUUGUGCUUUGGUAAGCCCUAAUUUUUAUAGUAUCAUAAUUAUUAUAUUUAAAGUCAUAAUUUUGAGAUAAAAAAGUCACAAUUAUACACACACACAAAAUAAAAAGCCUAUUCAAAUUUAAAUUUAACUAAAUUAAAUAAAUAAAAAUUCACAUUUUAUUUAAUUAAAAAUUACGUAAUUAAAUUUGAUGGAAUUUUGUAAUUAAAAUAGAAAUUUGUAAAUAUUAAAAUUAUUUUUUGUGUUU